AUGAUAAGAAUAACAAUACCAGAAAUACAUAGUUAUUUUUAGUUAUAGGUUGAUGAAGGGACUCUUGUUUUAGACGUAUUAGAACUAAUAUAAGAUUAAACAAACACUAAUAAAAAUAUUAAAUAUUGGACUUGUUUUUCUUUUACUUAACAAAAAGUAUUAAAUCAUCAAGAUACAAUCUAAACUUAUUAGAAUGAAGAACUUUAUGUAUAUUUUGAAUUUAAGAAUAAUUUCUCUGAGAUUUACGAAUAAAGAGAUUUAGAAUAAAAUCAAGUCACUUCAAAUUCUAACGUAUCGACUGAUAGACAUAGUGUUAGAUAAUCAUUAGAUAUAAAAACCUUAGAAUAAUCAUAUAUUAUUGACAAGAAAACAAUUGUUCUAGAUGGCAUUAAACAUUAUAUUGAAAUGGAUGGUGAAACCUCUGUCAAGGAAUUAUUGGAAUUUUUAGCCAAAGAAAAUAAAAUUGAUCAAAAAAAGAUAUUCAAUUGGUCUUGCUUCUCAGAGACAAGAAAUAAAUAAUUGAAUCUUGAAGAAAAAAUUGGAUUCACUAAAAAUGAAAUAUUUCAAAUUAAAACUAAUAAACUCUAACAUACUCAAUCAAGCAGAAAUAUUAAUUCAUAAAAAGUAGACUUAUUUGAGAACAUCCUAUACAAUUAAUCCAUAUAUGAGAGUCCAGAAUUUAAGCAAUGCUCAAAAACUAUUACUCUCAUUAUUUUAGUUCAUGACAAUUCCUGUAUCCGAAGACUAACCGCUAUGUUUGAUAUCUAUGAAAAAAUAGAGAAAAUUGCAGAGGAGGUCCUGAGAUUUUGUUCUCUAACAAAAGACUAUGUUUCUGUUGAUAUUUUUAUAAACGAUAAGUAAUUCAACAACCCAGACAAAAGAGGUUUGACAAUUUAAGAAGCCAAUCUAAAUCGAGAUUCAAAGAUGAUUGCUAAAAUUAGAUGGAUUGAUUGA